UUCUGUUGUUUUGAAUGUUUCUCAGUUUACAUUUAGCAAUGGUUGUGAAAAGUCUCGUUUCUUGGUUUCUUUCUGCCUUUUGGCGACAAAAACAAAUCAAAGUAAAUCGUAAUUUAGUUGUUCUUAUAACGGGAUGCGAUUCAGGACUUGGUCAUUUUGCUGCUCGAAGAUGUCAUGAAGAAGGCUUUACAGUAAUUGCUACUGUGUUGGACAAAAACUCAAAUGGUUCGAAGAAACUUUUACAAGAAAUCGGCGAUUCUGAAUAUUUUCAUUCAAUCCCCAUGAAUCUCAAGAGCGACGAAUCCAUCAAAAGUGUUUAUGAUUUUGCUUCAAAGUUUAUGGAGAACAACGAUGUUCGCUUUCACGCAUUGAUAAAUAACGCCGGCGUAAUGUGUUUUGGAGAAUUCGAAUGGUUAACAUCGGAUAUUAUGAAUGAAGAGCUUCGCGUUAAUCUUAUCGGACCUAUGACGCUCGUCAAACAUUUUCUUCCAAUGAUUCGUCAACAUAAAACACGAAUUAUCAAUGUAACAAGUCAUUGUUCAUUGAAAUCUUUACCCGGAUUGUCUGUAUAUUCCGCAAGUAAAGCAGGUUUUCGUUUUUGGACAGAAGCUUUGGAAAAGGAACUUUACAAAUUUGGCGUAAGAGUUGUUAAUUUCAUUCCCGGAUCGUUCAUUACGUCAAGCAAUAUUGUCAAUAGGAGUCUCAUGUUAUCGAAAACGAUGAAAAAUGGAUUAUCAAAAGAACAAAUCGACACUUAUGGAUAUUAUUUUGAAGAGUAUUAUACAUAUUUGGGUCACGUUGCGAACUAUGUGACAGAAUUUCCGACAGAAUUUCAUCCAGAGAUCAUUUCAAAGUUAAUGAAUGCCAUAACUGAUGAAAAUCCGAGAUGUUUGUACAAAGCUGAACCAUGGCGAUACACUUUUUAUUAUAAUUUAUUUAGAAUUAUUCCUCAAGGGCCUUUGGAAAGAUGGUUAGUUGAGAAAUUCAUGUUAAUGCCAAAAAUGAAAAUAAAUAAAUAAAAAUGCUUAUUGAUUUAUAA